GGAUAAUCCUCGCGAGAUUCGCAACAAAGCCGAGAAGCAACGGCGCGACAAACUUAACCGCUCGAUCGCUGAUCUAGCAUCGACCGUGCCCCCGGUAGUAGCGGCUUCCCGGAAGAUAGACAAGACUGGCGUUCUCCGCCUCACAGCCCACUACCUGAGGGCGCACGAAUACGUGUUUGGUGAUUCGCUGGAUGUCGCGACUCAACAAUUCAAGUCGUCGUCCAUGCGAGCUGUCAUGGGACUCUUCAAUGGGUUCCUGAUAACCGUCACCUACAAGGGCAUCAUCGUGGUCGUCUCCGAGAACGUACAGCAGUAUCUUGGAUACACAGAGCUUGAAUUGCUCGGCCACAAUAUGGUUUCGAUAACCCACAAAGAUGAUCAAGCUAUCCUGAUGAACCAACUUAUGCCGAGGAAAGAGUUCUUGGGCCCCAGUGGCGAGUUGCUGGUGCCGGACGAACCUGAUGGAAUCAUGAAGGUAACUGAAGCGCUCGGCAGAGAAAAAAGGAAGUUUGUUUUGAGGUUGAAGAAGCUCGGACAGCGGUCUGAGCCAGUACAAUACAUCAGGUGCCACGUGGAAGGCUCCUUCCGCAAAUCAGAUAAGGCGUGCGCCAGCCCCAACCGCUGCUGCCAAAUGGUGCGUCGAGCGCGCGCCAGAAGCGAGAACCACUGCACUAGCGGCAAUGAUGUGGUGUUCAUCGGCGUGGUUCGACCGGAAGUGCAAACAUUUGUAACGGAAAUCGGACUGGAAUCUUGCCGGAUGGAGUACAGAACACGCCACUCUAUCGACGGUGAGAUCAUACAAUGCGAGCAACGCAUUGCACUUGUCACCGGCUAUAUGAUCCAUGAAGUACAGGGAGUCAAUGCUAUGAACUUCAUGCACAAAGAUGACGUACACUGGGUCAUCAUCGCAUUGCGUGAUAUGUACGAUCAACAUCGACUAUACGGAGAGUCCUGCUAUCGUUUAAUGACCAAGAACGGAGAGUUCAUUUAUAUGAGGACCCGUGGACGACUGGAUGUCGAUAAAGAUUCCAGGGUCGUCACUAGCUUCGUUUGCACCAACACCGUGGUUGAUGAAGCAGAAGGGAAGUACUUAAUUAAGAUGAUGAAGAAAAAAUUCAAUAUUAAGACGAAGAAGGAGGGAGAACUACUUAAACUUGUUGACAAGGAAGAAGCGGAUAAAAAAGAUCUGCCUGUCGAAGACCCACGACAGCUUGAGAAAGUUAUUCUCCACUUGGUUACGAACUUGCCAUCCCAGGGUGAGGGAAACAUUCCUAACAAGCCAGCUAUCUGCGGUGCUUCGACUUCGCGGGGACUUGCCAUCAUCCCACCAAAAAAGGAACGAAUUGUCAGUGCUAUUGAAAAAAUUUAUAAUAUUAUAAAAACUUUUCCCAAGGAACCUCGCCAGGAGGAUAAUAGCAUGGCCACUAAUAAAGAUGAGAAACAAGGAGAUACCCUAAAUGCUCCAGGCAUUUCGCAGAGCACUAUUUCAGUGACUGAACUGUGCUCCAAUACUAGCUCAAGCUCAGGUGACUUUCAGGAGAACCUUUAUUGGCAAAAGCAGCUUGAGAAUUCACUGCAAAUGCCGACCACAUCCGUGUGCACAGAACCGGUGUACGCAGAUUUCGAUUUGAUGACCCAGCCUAUCGAGCCCGCUGUGUACAGCUUAAUGACUCCACAACAAGUAGACGAUUAUGCAAGUGGAAACUUCUUGCAGGCUGAGGCCAAUCAAUCUGCUGUUGAACUAAAAUACCAGGUGCUUGUAGCUCCUGGGGUUAACAAGAAUGAGACUACGAGCCAGGCAAGCUCCGGCUCGCAGGUGGAAUUGCCAACAUCAACCAAGAGCCUGAAGCGCCCAAACGAAUGCCUUGAGCGCAGCACCACUAAGAAGAUGCUUUCGAACGUGAGCAAUGGUUCGGAUGAUGAGUUACCGGAUGACGACUUCUCGUGCCUCGAGGCGUUAUUUGAUGAAGAAAUGCUGGACAAGCAAAUUGAAUCAGCCAUCAACUCAUUGGAGCAGAGCAUUGACCCAACAUUUCCGGACUUAUUGAUCUCCAAUGAGGUGCAAGAAAUUUUGCAACAGAUCGAAGAAAAAGAAAAAGUUGUGGAGAAGACGGACGAGGUAGACGCUUAAAGUGACAAAAGAACAUCUAUUUGGAUAUGACUGAUUCCUAGCGGAACAAAAUCAAAAUUUAAACAUAAAUUGUAAGUGGCACAUAUUUCAUGUAGCAAAUGGUACUCUAUCGGAUGCGAACUAUAUUAUUUUCUGCAAUGCGAAGUACCUAUAUUAUGCAUAAGUACCUAAUUACGCUGUAAUUGUAUAUUUGAAUUACUGUGUCUACUUAUUUUAUACCAAGAUCUCUGAAUUUUCGAUUUUUUUAUUGAUUUUAUUAGUUGCUAAGUUCUUGUUUAGUGUCGCUCGGCCAUAAUUGCAAGAUAUCAAAAUUACGGGUUUCAAUAGUCAAUAGUGAUCUACGUAGUAGAGUUUAGGUCUUUUACAACUUUAUAAUCGGCAUUUGACCCACAUUACAUACACGUUUAUGAAAAUAUUUUCUGUUUCAUAAUAUUUAAAAUAUUCGCAGCUACAGUGAAUUUUUAAGACUUAAAAUUAACAUUAAAUUCAUUAGUAAACACAAAAGUUGAUAACUAGGGGCCAAAUUAGGCAAAAAUAUAUUUGAAAAAAAAAACGCUGGCAGGUAAAAAAAAAAACAGAAUUCAAAAUUAUUUUUUUGCUCCGUCUUAAAAUAUUAUAUCAUAUUUUUAGGUCUAACGUGUCGGGCCAUAUUACAAAAAGACUACUAAUAGUUUUUUUUUUAUUGUAAGUGUAAUUAAUAAAUAAUACAUUGCAGGGAUCUGGAGCUUACACAAAUUAUAUUAAAUAAAACGUCAAACUCGUUAACAGUGUAUUGACGUAAACUAGUAUUUAUGGUUAUUUUAAUGUUACGAAAAUAAUGUAAUCUAAAGGCAGUUUUUUUUACCAAAGUAGCGUUUUAAAGCCUAGUCACUCGACCCGAAUUUUUAUUUUCUAUAAAAACAAUAAAAUACCAAAAGAAAAGCCAAGUUUCUCAUAGAUUUUCUAAUUUGCGUAGUAUAUUUAGAACUUUCAUUUGCGUAUCGUAAGACUGAGUAUUUUUAUUUGUUGGGAUUUAUAUUUUUUAUUUGUGAAGAGUUUAUUAAUCGUAAUAAUAUACAUUUCCGCA